UUAUAUUUAUAUUAGAAGCGGAAUUAUCAUUAUGAAUUAGUUGGCAAUUAAGAAUUCUGGUAAAUAUGGAGCUAUAAGUGUGAUUGAAAAAUAAAUUUAUAGAAGCUUACUACUAAAGUGUACAGAACGUGAAAUAAGUAAAUAGUAUAUAUUUAUUUUCAUCAAAUGAGUAUGACUUAUAAGAGAUCAACUGAACAUCAAGUUAAAUGUGGCCUGUGCUCAAGAAAAGUAACAAAAAAAGAUUUUAAAGCACAUGUUAAGAAUUGUCAUAGUGUGGAUAUUGUUGUGGAGAGUUUAAAGUUCGUUUCUAUAGAGAAAUUUAGGAAAUGGAAAGCAUCCUUGGAACAAGACACUGAUAUAAAAUUCAUCAGGAAAUGUGGUAAGAUUGUUGGUAGUCCGGAUGUAAUACGGUUCUAUUGCCAUCAAUCUAAAUGUUACACGGAAUGUGGAAAACAUCAAAUAGAAAGAAGAAAAGUUAUUGAGGCAUACUGUCCAGCCAAUAUUAAACUGGUAGUGUUUCCAAAUGGAAAGUGCUCUGUGAGAUUUGUGAAGACCCAUAUUGGUCAUCUGAAUGUAUACUAUCCGAGUGGUUUCAUAAAAAAAGUUGAUGAAAAUAUAGUUGAUAUAAAUCAGAAUGAUUCAGCUUUAAAUGAAGUAUUAGAAAAGAUGGGAACUGUUAUGAAGAACAGUGGUAGUUUCAACGUUGACGUUUGGAUUGAAAGUUUGAAGAAGUCCUGCUGCGUUUUAUUUUAUAAAGCCAAAGGGUCUAUAAUAGAAGAAUGCAGAUAUCUUGCUUACAACGAUUUCAUUUUGAUCGUAAUGAGUCCAGCCCAAAGGAGGGUUUUGCAAAAAAAGGAUUUCGAUUUCAUCUAUGUCGGCGGUACACGUAAUAUAGAUACCAAUGGUUACGAGUUGAUCACGUUGAUGAUAGUUGAUGAUACGCAGCAGAGUUUUCCGUGUGCGUUCUUCAUCUCUAAUCGGGUGGACGAAGUUGUUUUGAAUUUUUUUUUCUCUUUCGUUAAGGAAACCUGCGGAAAACUGUUGCCGAACUUUUUCAUGUCCGAUAUAAACGGUAUGUAUUUCGAUGCGUGGAUCUCCAUUAUGAACAUGCUAGUAUCAAUGGAAUGGCUCUAUACUGAAAACAGUGUGAAAACUGAUUGGAAGAAGAACCAAACGAAAAUCAAGAGCGCGAAGAAACGUAACGAGAUUUACGAACUUUUGACUAAAAUCAUGUCAGAGAAUAAUGAGGAUAGCUUUGAUCAGCUGAUUGAUUCACUGAAGACGAAGUUAACAGACGAUUCAGAACUUGUCGAAUAUGACAAGUACAUUACUGAUAAUUACUUGGAUCAUUGUAGUAAUUGGGCUUAUUGCUAUAGGAAGAAAUACGGUAAAGAAACUAGUAUUAAUGUUGAGAGAAUGGAAAAGUUAUUGGAAUCGUUGUAUCUCAAUGAGAAUUACGCUGCUCGUUUGGAUAAAUCCGUUGAGCAUUUACUAAAAUUCGUCGAUGAUAGGCUGUGCUUCACCGACGAACGAAAACUAGUUAGCAAAUUAAAAAAUUCCCAAUCAAGGCACGAGAAUAGCUUAAAACUAAACAACACGAAUUGCGAGAAACUGGGAAAUAAAUGGCAGAUUACAUCUGACGAUACGCAGGAAUUCUAUUACGUAACGGAGAAUCUUGUCGGAUGUUCGUGCAGUUUCAGAUGCGAGCAAUGCGAUUGCUGCAUUCAUAAAUAUUGUUGCACGUGCGACGACAAUGCUAUCAAUUGGAAUAUAUGCAAACAUAUUCAUUAUAUCUGUAAAUUAUUUGCUAAUAAAUAUAAAGGUGGUACAUCCGAUGCUGACGAAAGGAAGAAAAUUGAAAGCGAUUUAUAUGAUUUGUUGAAGAAGAUAGAUUCAAUUGAUUCGAAAGAUUUAAAUAUUUUAAAGUACGGGAUUUAUAUGAUUAAAGCAUCGAUGUCUAAAGGAAAUUAGAAUUAAUUUAUUUAAUAAAAUUGAUAAUG